AUGGCCACUAUUCUCAAAGCCGAUAUCCGAGCUGACACUGACCGCGAUGGCCUCGUCGACCUCUCAGGCACCUCGGACUCUGAAGGCAAAACCACGUGGACUGCCGACUUUGGUGCCAUCUUCCUCCCCAACAUAGGAGACACGGACAAGCGCUGCUCCAAAGCUCUGCUCAAAGGCCCUGCCGUGAGCAAUGAGAAGCUCGACCGCUGCAACGAUGCGUCUGACAACACACUGCGUUCCGAGCAGUUCCUUGCUCCGCUCCGUACAGUCCCCAUGCCCGACCUUCCCAAUGGCGCUUCUGGUCGCGUCUAUGUAAAGGACCAAGUACAGCGCAGCAACGUCCGCAUCUUCCACCAGGCCAGCUGUAACGGCAAUUGGACAUAUAUUGACGGAAACUCUACCUUUAGCACAGCCGCACUCCGCAAGGGUCUUGUCCUCGGUAUUGAUGGCCGGGACGUCCGUCGCCCAAAUGGUUGGGAUGGUCGAGCCCUUGUAACCUUCAAUGUCAAGAGUUUCAAUGGCACUUCGUCCGACAGCGUCAUGUUACGUGUUGCCCCCGUUCUUACUCAUACACACCUCGACCCUGUGCAACAGGCUCAAGACUUUUUGGAACCUGGAUUCGCUUCUAUGCCUGGUCCUGAUGGGCCCAUCAGCUUGCGCAUUAUGAUCCGAAGUCCGCAGGACGAGCGUGUUGCCGGCCGACAGUUGUUCGAGUACUACCGAGACACUGGCAUCGGCGCCGUUCAGCAGCUUGGCGGGUCACGUGACGAGAUCAACUCCGGCGGUAAUAUCGAGACCAUUCCUCCAUACGAAUUCAACGGUACUUCCUGGCCUGCUGGACGUUUGAUCCUCGGCAAUCAUGGCAAACAGAGCCACGCUAUGCUACCGUUUUUCCGGGCCCAAGAAACCCAAGACCCUCUUCUUCUCGAUGCCGACUGGCUAUUCGCCGGCCAUGUCGACGAGUUCGUCCAAUUCUUGCCCGCUGAUUCGGAGCGCGGUUGGGUUAUGGUGGUUGAUGAUCCCCUUGCGGGUGUCAAGAUGCUCCAGCAAAUCAAGGCUAGCGGACAUGGCUCACGGCGGCUCUUCUCUCGAAACAACGACACGAUUCCAGCAAACCCCUGCAACAACUUUGGUUGCCAGCCCAUCCCUGUAGAGUCUACCACUAUCAACGAGAUACUCGCCAACAAGGACCUCAUCUCCGUGCAGGAGCAAUGCGCCAAGCGCAUUGAGGCUAACAUGCAAAUCCUCAAGCAAGCGACCGGCAUCACCGAUGAAGAGAUUAUCCGCCUUCCUUCCUUGUUCAAGCGCAUCAACUUCGAUUUUAAUUUCCCUGGCGACAACUCUACGACCAACGGGGCCGACUCUAACAAUAACUAG